AUGGCAGGCCCGCGCCUCACUGAGGAGCUAGCGCGGCAAGUCCAGGCAGAGCACGGGCGCUUGCUCCGGAGAUCGUCAGAGCGGGCCUGGCGCGAGGUGACGGCACACCUGCCUGCUGCGUCGGCGGCGGGCCGCGGGCUCCAACGCGCGGCCCAGGCGCUGCCCGGGCAGCCGGGGGCGAGGCCGCAGCGGCCGCCGGGCAAGGGGCGCCCUGCACAGGCGCUGGCCGUCGCAAGCGUCGGGGGGAUGAUCCAUUUCGGCCUCGGCGGUGGGGCCGACGUUCAGGGGAGAGCCUUCCUCUGUGAACGCCGGGCCGACAUCGGAGGCCAGCUGGUUCUUCGGAAUCUGCUGCAGGUGCCCGAUGACGGAGGAUCCAGCCACGGCGCUGCCAGGAUUCCCGUUCAGAGUGCACGGGCCGCGGGUGCCGGAGCAUGGCGCCGCGGCAUUGUUCGCGCGCAGCGACAGGGCAGGCGCGGCGUUGCACGUGCCAUCCUGGCCCACCUCGUGGGCGACAUGCCGGGCCCAGGUUGGGCUGGCCACUCACUGGGGGGUUUCAGCGCGCGCCCGCGAAGACGCGGCGCCAACGAGGAGAUGCGGAAGGCGCUCCUGCGCGCCAUCUUCGCAGAAUGCGACAAGGCCGCCGCCGUCGCGAAGCAUCGCGGUGGGGCCGCAUACCUGGCUGGAGACUUCAACCCGCCCACGGACGCAGACCCGCUGGUCCGCGGCCUGCUGGCCGCCGGGGACAUGAUCGAAAGCGCGCCGCAGGAGGAGCUCCAAUUCCACGGGGGUGCGCUUGCUUUGCGCGAGGCGCCCAGCGAGCGCAGCGGCGACCUCUUCCGCGCCCUGCGCAUGGAGGUCGAGCCCCCGCUGCAAUGCGACUUGCGGCGGAGUGCAUCAGAGGACAGCGGCGAGAGCGCGCUGGCGGCGGCAGCCUGGGCGCGGCGCCUCGGACCGGCCACGGCCGAGCGGGCUGCCGGCCUGGGCCGCGCGGCGCGCGGGCGCGGAGGCGAGGGGCGGAGCGACCGGGCGCUCCGCGUGGAGGCAGACGCGCUGCGCGACGUCGCCGCGGCAGCGCGGCGCCUCGAGGCCGCGGGCAAAGCGCUCAGGCGGCCCACCUCGAGCGCGACACCCAGCCCCCCGAUCCGGAGCGCCCUGCCCAGCUCGACGGGCCCGCGGCAGUCUAGAUGGCGCCGCAAGGUAUUACGGUAUAUCCCUGGGAGAGUCUGGCCGCCGCGGGUAGGCGAGCGGGGCCAGGAGCACCGCGGUGGGCUCGCAAGGGCGAUGGGCAGCAUCCGCGCCGAGGCCGUCGAUGACCUGCAGCGCUGGGCGGCGACCGACGCACGCGCCCCGGGAGAAAUGAAGGCGGGGCCCAGGCAAAUCCGCGUCGAAUCGCACUGCAGGGGCCUGCCGCGCGCGUCGGUCCUCUGCGGCCACCCCGCAAUGACCCAGAGCCUGCUCAACAUGAUGCCCUUGGCGAUCCGUCGCGGGGCGGCGGCCGACCUCCGGUUGGAGCAGGCGCUUGGGUUGCUGCUCAUGGAGCUCUUCGCAGACGAAGCAGAAGCCCUUGACUCCCAGGACCGCCGCGAAGCCCUCGUAGCGAGCAGCCGCAAGGCCAGGAUAGGAGGCGAGGCGCGGCUGCAACUGGAGACAAUGCUGGCCCACGACGCCGUCACGGCGGCGGCCCGCGGCCAGUGGCCCCGCAGAUUUAAGCCGAAGGUCGGAAUGCCAGACGGCCGCAAGCUGAACCCCAUCCUAUACUGCAUGGGA